AAUCAAGUGAAUCAAGUCGCAAAUUCGCAAGAAUCUAAGACUUGAAAUUACUAGAAAAUUAAAGUAAUUUUUAAAUUUCGUACGCUGUUUUCACAAUGCUCGUAAAAAAUAUCACGAAUUUGGUGGUUCGUAGCUCCUUCGCUGCAGGAAAGAAUGCACAAAUUCUUAGAAACUUUUCAAUGACUUCUGCAAAAUGCGACAUUGUGAAAAUUCAAAGCACUGAUGAUUUUAAGGCUAAAGUCAUCAAUAGCAAAGUUCCAGUAGUUGUAGAUUUUUUCGCUACGUGGUGCAAUCCAUGUAGGCUGCUGACUCCUCGUCUGGAAUCCAUCAUCUCAGAAAGCAAAGGAAAAGUAAUCCUGGCUAAAGUGGACAUUGAUGAGCAGACAGACUUGGCAUUAGAUUAUGAAGUCAGUUCUGUCCCUGUAUUAGUCGCCAUCAAAGAUGGGAAAGUGCAGCAACGCCUGGUGGGUCUGCAAGACACUGACAAACUGCGCAAAUGGAUUGAACAAUUCACUUCCGAGGAAUCUAAGGCAGAAGUCAAAGCUUAAGAUUCAUCAACAGUGCACAUGUACCUACUUCUUAAAUUAUUGUUGUUACCAAAUUAGUUGAACAUAAUAAAUUGAAAUAAAACAAAUGCCUUAUUCUUGUA